AAGAGGAGGUAAACAUUUUAGUUUGAUUUUGGCUCAUGCAAAAGGUGGUCUGAAAAAUAAUACCCCUGGCAAAAAUUUUUGCAAUACCAAAAGUCGACUUACAAUUCGUCAAGUCAAUAUCGGAACUCAAUUCUGUAGUGAUUGUACGUAAACUUUAAUUGAAUCGCUAGUUAUUAUGAACAGUUGAACAACAUCUGUGUCCUACGACAAUAUAAAAGUUAAGAAGUUUGGGCCCUUCCUGAAAUGGUCGGCUUCUACAGCGAGGCUACUUUACCGACCGCACAAGUUCGUACCUCAUCAAGCGAAGAUCUAGUGAAGAAACUCGUCUGCAGUCCGGAUUUCAGCAUAACCAAACAAUCCGAUUCGGAAACUUAUCAGUGCCAAAUCUGCAACAAGAUGUACACCUCCAAAGCUGCAUUCGCCACCCAUGCUCGCACUCACGCUAAGGAAACUGAGGAUCCUUACAGGUGCAACAUUUGUUCCAAGACUUUCGCUGUGCCGGCUAGACUGACGAGACAUUACCGGACCCAUACAGGAGAGAAACCAUUCAGAUGCGAGUUCUGCAACAAGAGCUUCAGCGUCAAAGAGAACCUCAGUGUGCACAGAAGAAUCCAUACUAAAGAAAGACCAUACAAGUGUGAGGUUUGUUCUAGAGCUUUUGAACACUCCGGAAAGCUGCACCGUCACAAUCGUAUCCACACUGGCGAAAGGCCCCACAAGUGCUCCGUUUGCCUUAAGACUUUCAUCCAGUCCGGGCAGCUGGUCAUCCAUAUGAGGACCCACACAGGUGAAAAACCUUACGUAUGCACUGUGUGUCAAAAGGGUUUCACCUGCAGCAAGCAACUCAAAGUGCAUACUCGAACACAUACUGGGGAAAAACCCUAUUCUUGCGAGAUUUGCGGGAAGUCAUUUGGAUAUAACCAUGUGCUGAAACUUCACCAGGUGGCACAUUUUGGAGAAAAAGUCUACAAAUGCACCAUCUGCAAUGACACCUUCAACUCGAAGAAGAUCUUAGAGACUCACAUCAAGUGCCAUUCCGAAAGCAACCCUCCCCAGCCUCCCACGCCACCGGCAUCAUCGACCUCCGAGUCAUCUUGUUCGAGCGCAAGCGACUUGGACAACCUAAAAGACUCUCCGAGACCAAUGUUCCAGGAACCUGCACCCGUCAGCUAUGAUUCCGACAUCCGUUACAUCGUGUACACCAGUUCCACAAGAGACAGGAUGUCUCCAACAUACCACAUAAACAACUACACAGUGCCCUCUAGUGGCGUUGAGCUGCUGGCAGCUGCGGCAACUGCCACAGAGAGGGACGACAUCUAUAGAAACACGCAGGAUGUGAUCAACCUGAUCAAGAACAACAGACACCCUGCUUAUUUUACUUCGCCAGCUGUGCAAUACACUACACCCCUCACUGCUGGCGAUGGUCUCAGAAGACGGGUCGAGGCUGUGUUGGCGGUAGAAGCAAACCAGUCCACAGAGGAGGCGACUGUUACGCCUCCCAAUUCUAGCCCUGUAUCGCCCGCCUCUUCCCUGUCUCCACCGGUUUCUCCGGUUCCCGAGCCCGAUCCAGAGCUCAGCCUCCCUCCUCGAAAGCGGUCGAGGAUGAUCCUCAAGUCGAUGGAGAGCACCCUGGACUUGUCACCUGUCAGAUACAGCUCAGUUAUCCAUUACGCCAGAGCGUCGUAACUUGAUCGAGCAAACCAAAUAUUUAUUAGUACUAUUUUAUCAAGCUUCAUAUUUUGGUUCAGUGAAUGGCUGCAAUGACUUUUUUUUCUGUGAUAAGACUGUUUGAAAUCAACGUUUUACCUCAUGGCAGUGCCUAGGCCUUCGCAAUACGCUGUUCGUCUUAUGUUGGCAAUCAUCUCAUAGAUUUUCUAUCGAUAGCUCGUAUUUAGUAUAUAUAUUUCAUCCAAAGCGGAAAGUACUAGUGUGAAGUGUAGUUGUGUUUUUCUAUUGUUUUUAUAUGUUGAUCUUUAUGAUGUAAAACUCGUAUGUAUAACUUGUAUGCUAAUUCUAAGUCUGAGCUGUUGAUUUCAUUCGAAAUCAGUGGAACCCAUAAAUUAUUGUAUAUUGUAUUUGUAUCAUCAGUGUUAUUGUUAAUGAAUUACACAAGUAAAUAAAUGAUAUUUGAAGAUG